UCCGCUGAGGGGUAACCAAAGAACACCACUCAGCUACCUUGACCUUGAGAACGACUCCUUAGUUCUUACUCCUCCUUCCUCAUUAGGAAAUGUGGUAAACAUUACCGUUUUCGUCAGAGAGAUAGAUUAAAGAGAUCUUGAUGAGCAAUGCAAGGUUGACAGAAGAAAGAAAAAGAAGCUUUUGAUUUCAGUUUGGAUGAAUAUUCUCUAGUCAACCAUAUUGCACGGUGCACAUCUCAUACUCAACUCUCCAGAUCAGUAUAAAUACGAGAUUGUUCUCAAGUCAACCUCACAUUCAACUGGGAGAGAAAAGGGUUUGUUGUUGAAGAUUCUUGAGAGGUGGUUUGGAAAAUUCAGCCCCAGUUGGAGAAACUGGGAAAUCCCCGAGGAAAACAAGAUCCCAGGUUAGCUAGAAGUUGACUUUUUGGGGGAUUAUUGGGCACAGAUUUUCAAGAUAAUUAGAGUUUACUGCUUCAAUAUUGGUCUUGCCUUAGGAUCUUUGUAGAUUUUGAUGGGGGAGGAAGAAGAACUUCCAAUUUAUGCUGAGCAAGUGCAGCAAAAUGAGCAUGGAAAGGGGAUCUGCAGUUGCUGCUAUUGUGUGCCAGUGCAUUGGCUCAGAAAGCUAGCUAGGGAAAUGCAUUGGAGUUUUGUGUUUGGAGUUGUGAUUGUUUAUGGGAUAAGCCAAGGACUUGGUGGAGGUUUUGCGAGACUUGGAACAGAGUACUAUAUGAAGGAAGUUCAGAAGGUGCAGCCUUCUGAAUCUCAGGUUUACCUAGGAAUAACCAAUAUUCCUUGGAUUGUUAAGCCUCUUUGGGGUCUGCUCACUGAUGUUGUUCCCAUUUUGGGGUAUCGUCGGAGACCUUAUUUCAUUUUAGCUGGUUUUGUUGGAGUUAUCUCCAUGCUGUUCUUGUCAUUGCACAAGAAUCUGCAUAUUGUAUAUGCAUUGCUGUUGAUGACUGCAGGAAGUGCUGGAGUGGCAAUAGCAGAUGUUACUGUUGAUGCUUGUGUGGCACAGAAUAGUGGUACCCAUCCUUCCCUUGCAGCUGACAUGCAAAGCUUGUGUGCUUUAAGUUCUUCUAUUGGUUCACUGGUUGGAUUCUCUUUAAGUGGUAUCUUUGUUCACUUAAUUGGCCCCAACGGGGUGUUCGGCUUGUUGUCCAUACCAGCUGGGCUUGUCUUGUUAGUUGGUGUUUUGCUCAAGGAACCACAGAUGCCAAACUUUGCUUAUCAACAGGUAAGUCUGAAGUUUCUUGAUGCUGCUAAAGCUAUGUGGAAUACACUGAUAUGCCCAAAUGUGUGGGGACCAUGUUUAUAUAUGUACUUAUCCUUUGCAUUAAGUUUAGACAUCUAUGAAGGAAUGUUCUACUGGGUUACUGAUCCAGAGGCAGGUCCAGCUUUGUCUAAGGAGAGCAUGGGUUUUGUUAUGGCAGUUGGCUCUGUUGGCUCUCUUUUAGGAGCUGUUCUGUAUCAGUACGGAUUGAAAAAUCAUCCCUUUCGGGACCUACUCUUCUGGACUCAGUUACUAUAUGGCUUAUCAGGAAUGCUGGAUUUGGUGCUGGUUCUGCGCUUGAACUUACAAUAUGGGAUUCCUGAUUAUUUCUUUGUGGUAAUUGAUGCAAGUGUUUCUCAGAUGAUUGGACGGCUUAAAUGGAUGCCGCUUCUAGUUUUAAGCUCCAAACUUUGUCCUCCUGGAAUAGAAGGAACCUUUUUUGCCUUGCUAAUGUCAAUUGACAAUGCUGGACUUAUGUCAUCCUCAUGGGUUGGAGGCUUCUUGCUUCAUAUACUGAAUGUCACAAGGACAAGAUUUGAUAAUCUCUGGCUGGCCAUUUUGAUUCGGAACUUCUUGAGAAUCGCUCCACUAACUCUGCUGUUUCUGGUCCCUAGAGCUGAUCCCAAUGCUUCCAUUCUUCCAGACGAAGUUACAAGCUCAAAAGAGCGCUCUGAACCUACAGUAACAGAAAAUGUUGAACUUGUUAGCCUUGUUAAAGAGGCAGAUGAUUAGUUAGGCUUAGCAUAUAUCAGGCCUUAAAAUGGUAAGAUACUAUAGUUGAUAUACACGGAUAUUCAAGAAACAGGCUUAAAUUUUCUCUGAGAUUCUUCCCAUUUUACAAUUUCAGAUUUAACAAUCUUCAACAUUCAUUGUAUUUCCAGUCAUAUAAUGUCACGGAUGUCUUGUUCUAAACAAUCAAGUUGCAGAGGAUGAGAAAUUAGUGAAAGAACAGAGCUUUUUACUUCUCGACUCCGUUUUAAGUGUGUUUGAUAACUCCGUCAAGGAAAUCGAUGUAUACUGUUCCAUAUUCA